CCUCCGGUAUCAAUUUUGUACAUGGAUUUCAUAUGUAACACUCACCCGGACCAAUUAUAACGCCCGGGCCUUAUUUAACGUGACACCGGACAGAUUUUGGAGGUCAAAAGCUAAGUUAUUUUCCCCAUGGUUAAAAUUACGCAAUCAAUUCACUAAAAUUUGCAAAUUUUAUUUUAUUUCGUCGAACUGUUGGUUGAAAGAAACAUAACACUGGUUUUGUAAAAGAACUUCUUUCGAGUAUUUUUGGACAGCUUUUCAUACAGUUUCAUGAGAAAAUGCAAACCGUGGAAAUAGCUCGGCUGAGGCCACCUUUAGAGAAAUAUCAGGAUACAAACCUGUUCCUCCAGUACCUACCCUACUGUGAUAAACUAGACGCGGAAGCCGACGAAUGGCUCAAGGAGAUCAAGGAAAACCUCGGACGUGCUAUUAUGAUCAGUGAGAUGAGACCUGGAGUUGUUAUCUGGAUAACCCGUCUGACCUCCUACAUAAAUCUUCACGGAUAUAAGUUUUCAAAACAGGAACAUAUAGAGUUUAUCCGCGCUAUCUGGAGCCUGCUAACCAAUCCCGGGAUGGAAACCCGUCUCCUGGAUGUAUUUGCUCGUUCGCUCUCCGUCCUACUAUCCAGGAAGGAUCUCCUGUCUCCGGCAGAUCUUCAGCUGGAAUGGAAACCUCUAUACCUUCUCUUAGAGGAUUUAUCUAGUCACAAUGUUUUAAUGAAUUUAAAGGUUUAUCCGCCAGAUUUCGAGAAGAAUCUUAAAACUCUGAUCAAACUCUCCCGGAGUUACUUCCCAGCCUCUGCAACCUCGGAGAUACUGGCGGAAUUCCGUCCUUAUUUCUGUCCUCAUGAUAAUAUAAUGACCCGUGGUAUCUCAUAUUGUUCCCUUUUUCUCCCAACCCUCCACCUGGAGGUUCAGAACGGAGAAAUUAAGCGGAUAGAACCUGCUCCCUUCCUACCUUGGCUUAAUGAGUUUCAGGAGUUCUGGUUCGCCUGCUCUAAUGCUCCGCCCUGGGAAGGAUCAAUGAUUAAUCUGUUAUCUCGUCUAGCAAUGGACAAUAUAGGUUUAAUAGACUGGGGGAAAAUAACUCCGGAUUUGUUUAAUAAGAUAAUGCUAAGUUUUGGAUUACCAGUUUACUAUAAAAGAUUGGGUGUUCCCAUGAAACCGAUCUCUAUAUCUAAGACAACUGCUGCAAGAUGGAUUGUUUUCUCAAUAUCUAAGGAUUCUGAGAUAUUGAAAUAUUUGUCCGUUCUGAUGAAUGCUGUAAACUCUUACUACCAUCCAACCAGUGCUGGUUCCUACUCCGACAAUCUGGUCGAGUUUUUGAACAAACUCAUUUUCUUCUUCAUGACGAGGAUUCGCUCAGAGAGAUUUGAAUUAGUUCAUCCUGUUGACUGGAUCCCUGAGAUCAAUCCUGAGAACAAAAUCACCGAUCUUCAAAUUGAAGAGUUUUGUGAAAUUGUUCUUCCGGCCACUCUGAACCUAGCCUGCUCCAGAAAGUAUGUGGAGGUUGAGCGGAACAAUCUGAAUAUACUGGCGAGUAUUCGUCCUGACCUAGUCAUCCCUCCUCUUCUUAGGAAACUUGAUCUCUCCUUGGAGACCCUGACAGAACCUUUCAAGUUUACAGCAGCAGUUAAAUGUCUAGUUUCAGUUGCUCGAAACCUCGUAAAGAAGGAUCCUCUUCUACCUCAAGGACAAGAUCAGGUUCUCCGGGUACUCUUCUCCGUCCUGCCCGGGAUAGAUUGCAAUGAUAUCAAGAAAACACUCACCGUGUUCCAACUCAUCUCAAUAAUCGCCAGGCUGGUUCCAUUUACAAAUAUGAGCUCUAAGAAGAUAAAGAAUCAACCGGUUUAUUCUUUCAAAACGUUUAUUAUCGAGUUUUUGGAUCGAUGCUUUUCUUUGAUCGAGAACUCGUCCUUGGAGCUUAUUCGGCAGGAGCAGUCCAACGGAGAUACGCAAAUGUCUAACGAGGAGUCUUCCAUCAACACCGGAAUCGUCACAUGUUUCGACAGUAUACUUCAUCAGGCCGACGAGGAUCUAAAAGUUCUCGCUAUGCAGAAACUCAAGGAUUUUCUUCAUGGUCGAAUCCUGGAGCCGAAAGUGGCCGGGAAAAUUGCAAGUGGGAUGUGUCGAACUUGUGCUAAAAUCUCUCCGGUAGAAAUCCUGGCAGCAUUCGUCCCAACUACUUGCACUAUUCUCCGGGAUACCCUGAGAGAAACAGAUCUCAGUACAGAUUUCUAUCUUGGAGACGAGAUUAUGUUCAAUCUACUUCUUCUAUCUGAUCUUGUAAUUGUUCCGGGAUAUUUCAUAAUACCGUAUAUUCCUCAGAUUUCUGAAGUUCUUAAGCUAGGUUUACAAUCCAAGAAUAGAGAAGGACACACUGCUGCUCUGACAGUGUUCCGUCACACCCUUCACUCACUCUCUCAUCCUUGUCUAGCAGAGAGAGGAAGGAUUGUAUCCACCCCGUCUCAGAACCCACGUGAGGACUGGGGUAGACAAGGAAAUCUGGAGAAUUUAGAUGUUAAAUGGUACCUACCCGGAGAGAAGGAGUUCCAUCAAAUCUCAGAACUAGGAACUGCGUUUCUAGGAACACAGGUUGAUCGACUCACUGAGUUUAUUGAGGAUAAAAACCAGAUGGGUAGAGAGGAGGUUCACCAGUCUCUUAAAACUAUUAGUAGUUUUAUCAUAGGUGAUUUCUCCUUCCAACUCCGUGGUGUUGAGAACACACGUAUCCAGCUGGUUGAGUUGAUGGAGAAACUUGUUGCGAAGAUUUUGAAGGAUAGAGCAGAUGAUACUAAGGUUCUCAUCACUAUUGCAACUAUACUCAAGCUUCUGGUCUUCGAGCACACUUGCACAGACGAAGGUCUAGAGAAACACAUGAAGAACUUCCAGCAGUCUAAAUCUAGGUUAGAGCUGAUGAUACUAGGACGAAACAAGGAUAUACGAGCUAUUCUCUUAGAUAGAGUUCUUAUACAACAUGAGAAACGGUUGGUGGAGAAUAUUCUCAACAGUUUAACAGGGACCCAUGUGCGUAUCAUGAACCUACUGUUAGACCUCUCCAUGAGUCACUACAGUAAGGUUCGAACUCAUGGACAGAAUAUCCUGGCCAAGGUCUGCAAAUGGUUCUCCUACUCAUACAAGAUUAUAGUACCUAGAGUUCUCUCUAAAUUACUUCCGGAUCCUGAUAUUUCUCAUGAAGAAUUCAAGGGAGCCCUCUACCUAGUUCUACAGAACCAGCUCCUUGUCAAGCAUAAUUGGGAGCUCCAGGUCGAACUAUGGCCGCUGCUGGUCAGAGCACAGCAUAAUGAGAAACCUUCCAUUACUGCACUUAUUAAAUCUAUUACGGGUUGUGCUGGUAGAUUAGUAAGUGUUCCUCCGAGUCUAUCUGAGGUACAGGAUACUGAGGAUGAGAGUGCAAGGAAGAGUGUGAGUAACCUAGAGCAGUAUCAGCUUCUAACAGAGAAUCUGUGUGGACUGGUUGAAUCCUCAGAUCUCCACUGGAGACAUUACAAUACAGCACUCAGCAUGCUCUGCUCUUUACUCAGACACGAUGUUGAUUUUCCACUUCGAGCUGUCAAGAUUUUCACAAACAAUAUUAUUCAUGAUGACAUUGUAGUUAGAAAGGCUUCUAUCCAUGUUCUGGAUUGUAUCCUACAGAAGACUAAGAGAAAGCAUCCUAAGGUUUCAGUUAGUUUGUCCAAGACUGAAACUGUUCCUCCUUCACUAAACUGUGAUCAUGGCUCGUGUUUAAAAGAAGAUACUAAAAAUAUGUUCAAUGGUACAAAUGGCUGUGAGAUUAUCAAGGAGCUUGGGAUAGAAACCAAAGGCUGUGAGAACGGAGUAGAGAAUUCUGUAAAAACCAUGAAUCAGAACAAGUCAAAUCACAAAUCCGGAAUCCUCAUUCCAGAUUUAAGAGAGAAGUUAACUGGAACGGAUUCUAAUUGUUCUCUUCUGGUUAGACCCGGAGAGAGACAAGACAAUAUAUUUCUACAGUACGGAGACGAGAACAAACCUAACUCUCAGGAGGAGUACGAUGCACCCAGAUUUAUUCAUAAAACAUAUUUGGGGUUCUAUGUUUGGCCGAAGGAGAAUCUAGUCUACGCCCCUAGUUCACAGCAGCCUAACCUUGACCGAACCCUGGAGGAGAUGCCGGACUCAGAGAAAAUAGUUUUCUCUUUAUUCUCAGACAAGGAGAAAGUAAAGAAACUGUUCACGUUCCUCACCCUGGAGCAUAAGAAGGGUCGGGACUCCUUUGAUGUUGAGAGGUUUGGAAUGUUUAAAGCAAUUUUCAGGAACUUUGGAGAUAUGUUCCUUGAAAACUUCAGAACAGAGAUUGAGACUCUUGUUGGAGAUCAUAGAGAGAGUUUCCAGCGUGCUGCUGCUGAACUGUUAGCAUCCAUUAUACGCGGGAGUAAACACUGGCCGUAUCAGAAGAUAGAAAAUAUGUGGUCCUGGAUCCUCCCAGCUAUUAGAACUGCGCUGAACCAUGUGUCUCCGGAGACUCAGAGAGACUGGGGAACAUGUUUUGCAACAAGUAGUGAGAAUAGGGAUCCAAACCGGCUUCAUUGGCUCAUGGAAGUUGCCAUGGAGAAUCCGAUACGUUCUCAAGGUAGCUUCAUUGAUGCAAGUCGUCUCUACAUGCUCCAAGGUGUAGUUGCCCAGCAGCGUUGGAGAGUUGGAAAACUUCUUCAUCGACUUCUAGAGUUUCUUAUUCCCUUCCUUGAUCAUCCGUUCCACAAUGUACGAUCUCGGUUAGGUGCUGUACUCACAAACGUUUUUGCUCUUGAUCUAGAGUUUGGAGAGUUCGGAAAUGCAAGCGUGUCUUCUCCGAUUGAAAAGGAUUUUGUUUUUCAAAUCCUUCCAAGAUUGCAAGUGCUCCAGGAUACUGAAGAGAAGGACGAGAACGCUCUCCGCUUGCUGCAGACCGUCUCCAAGUGGAUCUGCUGCAGUUUGGUUCAAAAUAUUGGACCAAUGAAGAUCCACACGCUUGAGUUUCUACCAAUCCUGCUCCAGUAUGAGUGGUAUGACAGGGAUCCACAGCUUGCUAGGGAUUGUCAGGUUUCACUCUCCUUUCUCAGCCGAUCCCUACUCCCUGUUCCUCUCCUCAAUCCUCUGUGUUCUAUCCUUCAGCAGACGAUAAACUCAGACUCCUGGAGAACUAAGUUGAGUACACUAGACUUCCUUCAAGCAGUUAUAUUCAACAAUUUUAUCCAAAUCUGGAAUAAAGGACCUGAAACUAAGAAUUUAGUUCUAGAUGUUGUUGGAUCAGGACUCAUUGAUGAUCAACUAGAAGUCAGGGUUAAAUCAUCUCAGGUGUUGAGUGGAUUAAUCCAUUGCAAGUUUAUUCCUGAACUAGAAUACAAGACUCUGAUCAACAGAUAUAAACAAUCCGUUGCUGGAGCUGGAACUGUAUCUUCAAGACACGGAGCAGUUUUAGGACUUUGUGCUUUCAUCUCCGCCUUUCCUCAUGAUGUUCCAUCCUUUCUCCCUGACCUCCUCAUAUACAUUGGGAACCUUCUCAGUGAGAGACAACCUAUCUCGGCCACGAUAAAGAAGACGGUUCAGAACUUUAAGAGAACUCAUCAGGAUAACUGGAGCGAGCACAAGGAGAACUUCUCCGAGGACCAGCUCUCAGAGCUCACAAACCUACUCAUCUCCCCCAGUUACUACGCUUAAAGUAUAGUUUUGUGGGAGACGUUGACUAAACAUUCGUAUUAUGCAAAUUAAGUUUAUUUAGUUAAAAGUCAUUAUUUUUCUAUGACGCUAAAUUUGUAUGUUCUACUAUUUUCAAUAAAAUUAAAAAUGUUAGUUUA